AUGAGACAAUGGCUGGCUCAUCAGAUGGAAACGCUGCUUGGAUUCUCGGAUGCUGGACUUAUUUCGGCGAUUGAAAAUCAACCUUCAGAAGCUGCUCUUCGAAAAUACUGUUCCGAACUUUUCGGCGAGCAAAAAGUAUUCAUCGACGAAUUGGUCCGAAGAAAAUUUGGUCAGGGAUGGGUCGGCACGAAGCAAGUUAAAAACACAUCCGUAGAUUUCAGUGCACCAAAGCAAGAAAAUUCAGCGCCAAGAGGGGGAGGAGGGAGAGGAAAGAAAAACAAGAAAGGGAGAAAUAUUUUGCUUCAAGAUAGUGCGCUCCCGGGGCAGCUGAACGGGAGGGAUUCGCCGAUUCAAGAAAGAAGCUCUCAAGCAACCCCAACUCCUCCCAGCAAUUCCUCGGAGCCACAGGUCCAAUCAGCUGCUCAACUCGCUUCAUCCCUCUUCGGCACAACCUAUUCCGACGCCCCGAAAAUCGUUGACAAACGAACUGGCCAGGCGAAAACUCGUCGAAAGGGAAGACCAAAGAAUCCGCCAGUCCAGCCAGCGCAAGAACCGCCGAGUGAUUCAAAGAAGGCGGAAGAAAACCUGCCGAAGGAGGAUGAAUCGUUUCAAAUGCCAGAAGCGUACAAGCCGAAACCACGGCGGAAAAAGGAGAAAAGAAGAAAGUUUAAAACGCUGGAUGAAGCGGAGGAUGGAGGCUUCCUCAUGCCAGGAAGGAACGUCUGCGAUUGCCAAGCCCAAAAACACGAGCUUAUCAACAAUUGUCUUGCUUGCGGUAGAAUCGUUUGCGAGCAAGAAGGCGAAGGUCCUUGUCUCUUCUGCGGCAAAGAAGUUCUCUAUCCAGACGUGGCCUACAUCACCGACGAGAACUUGAAAAAAGCGCUCGCUAGAAAGGAUCGUUUGUUGGAUUUUGAUCGCAAUUCGGCGAAACGAACAGAAGUUGUCGACGAUGAAACGGAUUACUACAAAGGAGUGGACGAAGAAAAAAUCCGAGAGCAUCGAUUUGGAUCACGAAUGAACCAAAAAUUCAGCCUCAAUUUGGAGAGCGGAGAUAUGGAAGAACAGACCUUGGACGAAUUUAUCGAAGAAAACAAAGUGGAAGAAGUUGUAGUCGAAAAAAGGAAUAAUAAAGAACUGCUUCUGUUCAAUGAAGAUUUGGGAAACAACAACUUAACUUAUACUUUCAAAAAGAAGGAGGAAAAUGGACCUGCUAAGGAAAAGAAAGCUAAAAGAUCACGAAUUCAAGACGCCCGUUUGAGCGAAAUGUCCGACACUGGCACUUGUCUGACCAUGCAUCAGCCGUGGGCAUCUCUCCUCAUCAAGGGAAUAAAAAUCCACGAGGGCCGCGUCUGGCCGACAAACCAUCGUGGUCGGCUCUGGAUUCAUUCUUCCUCUCGGCAUGCUGAUCAAGAAACCCUGGACGAUGUUUUGAAAGAUCAUCCGGAAGGAAAGGAUCUUGACUGGCCGAUCAGCUCCCUUCUGGGCUUUGUGAAUGUCGACGAUUGUCUAACUCAGAAAGACUACAGAGUGCAAUACCCCGACGGUAGCAGCAAAGCUCCUUACGUAUUCAUCUGCUCGGACCCAAUCGAACUCGAUAUCAAGCUGCAAAUGUCGGGAAAUCACAAACUUUGGAAGCUCCCCAAGGACAUCCAAAAAGCUGCCCGAGCACAGCUCGGCCUUUAG